AAACAUAGCAGCUCCGCUAGUUCGCUAGUGUCAUUUAUUCCGUUUUGCAAAUUGUAAAAUGCGUUCUAUUUUGGUUGCUCUUUUUGUUGUUUUUGGAUUAGUAACUUUUGUGAUCUCCGACAUGAAAAUGAUGCUAGUAUGGGGAAUACCCAACACCACCAACAACACGCAGGUGAACACUUCUCUAACAUGGGAUGGAUGCUUAGCAGCCUGCUUUUACUCACCAUACUGUGUGGUAAUGCCCCCAGAACAAAACAAAAUGAUUCGACGUGUUACAAUUACGACUAUGACUAUGUGGAUUUCGUUAGUAGGACCACGUCGGCAAAUGAGUCGGUGGUGGCGUUUAAAGUGAACAGUCUCAAUGGAACAUGUCCAACUGGCGCAAUUCCGCCAACUUUUGAUAAUCAGAAUGCAACGGGUCAUUUAUAUGUGAAUGACUAUCCACCAUAUUGGCCUUACCACACCGACUACACAAUCUACGCAACACUCACCGGAUGGAAGAUUUCUUAUAAAAUGAACUACUCCUGCAAUGGAAACUUUAACGGGCUACUGAUCCAUCCAGACGACAGAAUGGUUUGUUUGAAGAUAUAUCGAAACUCCAAUACCGGAUCAUUCACAUACAACGAAGCUGCCACUUCAUGUGAAUCAGCCGACAACGCACUAUUAGCAGCUCCACUGUAUCCGGAAGAUCUCAAAAAGUUUUCAGAACUAGGAGAGGUUCAGCGUAAUAAAACAGCUAAUCGCAACAUCUAUGCCAGAAUUGAUGGAAUUCGAACAAAAGCAUGUCAAUCAACUCCGCGUACACCUUAUUGCAUGUCUCCGAAGGGUUUCACAUUCCUUAGCUCCGUUCCCACUUUCGAACAUUACAAUUGGGUGACCAACUCGUCCGCAAUGGCAACCGCCAAUGAUAAUUGUCUUGUGCUGGUUUUUAAUGGGAACAAUGCAGUGAAAGUGGAUGUUAAAUCAUGCGAAGGCAACUUCAAUCCCCUUCCAGCUCAACUAUUUUUUUGCUCAAGUCCAGCAUGGGUUUACAAAGUUUGGGAUUAUGACUGAUUUUUGCUCUGAGCUGAUGUAUACUGAUGAAUGUAUAGACUAAUGUAUAUACAUAUGUAUUUAUGUAACCCCUGUAUAUAUGUAUACUACUCUUUUUUUUCACUAAAAUCUAGUUUUUUGUUUUAAAAUGUUUUCGGGAAGCCGUUUUCUUUAGUUAAUAA